ACUAACAAAACAUAUCAUAAAAUUUUCAACCAGGUCAUGGAUUUCUUUGUGUUUCUUCUUUUCUCCCUCUUGGGUCUCUCUUCUGCUUCUAGUUCCAUAUUGGACCUUGACCUAGCCAAGUUUACCACACAGGAACAGGUGUCAACACUCUUCCAACUGUGGAAAAAGGAGCAUGGACGUGUCUACCAGAACCAAGAAGAAGAUGCAGAAAGGCUUGAGGUUUUCCAUCAGAAUUUGAACUACAUCAGGCAAAUGAAUGCAAACAGAAAAUCAACCCAUUCCCAUCGUUUGGGGUUGAACAAGUUCGCUGACAUCCCUCUUGAAGAGUUGAGCAAAAUGUACUUGCAAGAUCCGAAGGAUGUGUCACAGCACGUCAACAUGGCCAACAUGGCCAACAAGAAAAUGAAGAAGGAAAAAUUCUCUUGUGACGAUGCACCUUCAUCAUGGGACUGGAGAAAGAAGGGUGUCAUCACAGAAGUAAAGAACCAAGAGCACUGCGGAAGUGGAUGGGCCUUUUCUGCCACUGGAGCCAUAGAAGCAACAAAUGCAAUAGUUACAGGCAACCUUGUUAGCGUUUCUGAACAAGAACUCAUAGAUUGUGCGUAUAAAGCCAGCGGUUGUGAGGGUGGAUAUCACUUCCAUGCAUUCGAAUGGGUUAUAGAAAAUGGUGGGAUUGCCACAGAAGUUGAUUAUCCUUAUAGAGCGGAAAAUGGAACCUGCAAAGCCAAUAAGGCACAAAACGCGGUUACAAUUGACAGUUUUGAUGGUAUAAUAUUAACAAAUCAUACUUCAGCAGCAGAAUCAGACGAAGCACUGUUGUGCGCCACCUUUGAGCAACCAAUUAGUGCGGCCAUGGACGGAAGGGAUUUCUUUUUCUACACUGACGGCAUAUAUGAUGGAGGAAAUUGUUCAAGUCCAUUUGGGAUAAACCAUUUUGUUUUAAUUGUGGGUUAUGGCUCAGUGGAUGGUGUAGAUUAUUGGAUCGUGAAAAAUUCAUGGGGAAAAGAUUGGGGUAUGGAUGGUUACAUUUGGAUUCAAAGAAAUACAGGCGAUCUGGGGGGAGUUUGUCUGAUGAACUUUUUUGUUGCUUUCCCAAUCAAAGAGAAAACAGCGACACACGUCUCUCCGCGCGUUAAACCUUAUCAAGGAGUGGAUUACUCUCCUCUUUGAACUAUGAACUUCGUAUUCAUCAGUGCUUGUUUUCUUAGAAACAAGCAUCCUAUGUUUGAUUCUGUAUGACCAUAAUAAGCCUUACACAUUCUACUUGUAUUGUGAGAGGCAAAAAUAAAACGCAGCUUGUUUUCUUCGAAUAAUAAUGUUAACGGAAC